AAGGCUGCUCCAGAUAAAGUCCCCCCCCCACCGCCCCAACCUCCCCUGCGCUCUGCUGCGUCGCCCUCGCUUUCCCCAAGCAAAGAUGGAAGUCGUCAAUCAGCUUGUGGCGGUUGGACAGUUCCGGAUCCUCAAGGAGCCCCUGGGUUUUUUAAAGUUGCUAGAAUGGUUCUUUUCCAUUUUUGCAUUUGCGACGUGUGGCAGCUACAGUGGACAAUUCCGCCUCAGCGUCAAUUGUCCCAAGAAGAAUGAGAGCAAACUCAAUAUAGAGGUGGAAUUCGCCUACCCCUUCCGGCUUCACCAGGUGUAUUUUGAUGCUCCUACCUGUAAAGGUGAACAAGAAAAGGUUUUCUUGAUUGGAGACUACUCUUCCUCUGCUGAAUUCUUCGUCACCAUUGCAGUCUUCGCCUUCCUUUAUUCUUUAGCUGCGACUAUUGUCUACAUCUUCAUGCAGGAUAAAUAUAGGGAGAACAACAAAGGUCCCAUGGUUGAUUUCAUUGUCACAGCUAUUUUUGUGUUCAUGUGGUUGGUGAGCUCUUGCGCUUGGGCCAAAGGGCUUUCAGAUGUCAAGGAGGCCACUGACCCUGAUAAUGUGAUAGAAGGCAUGUCCGUGUGUGAGGACCCAGAGGUCAAAUGCAAGGAAGAAUAUGAGCCCAUCACUUCUGGCCUCAACACCUCAGUGGUUUUUGGCUUCCUGAACUUGGUGCUUUGGGUUGGAAACCUAUGGUUUGUCUUUAAAGAGACUGGAUGGAGUGCCCCCUUCAUGAAGCACCCACCUGCCCAGGAGAAGCAGCCAGCACCUGAUACCUAUGGAGAUAGCUACAACCAAGCUCCAGGAUAUGGACAACAGGACACAUAUGGGCAGCAGAGUGGCUACCAGCCUGACUACAGCCAGCAAGGCUAUGGUCAACAGGGAGAAUACGGCCAGCAAGGUGGCUAUGUCCAAAGCGGGCCCACUUCCUUUGCAAACCAGAUGUAGGCGGGUUCCUACCCCCAAAUAGAAGGCGUUGUGAGACGGAAGCAGCCAUCCCAUCCUGGCUCCCCAUGUCCCUUGUGCGGGGGAAGGGAGGGCUGGUGGGUGCUCAUACUGGGAGGUGGCUGGUGGAGCCCUCCCAACCCCCCAGGAUGAAUGUAGUUGUUUGUGCUGUUUAUAUAUACAUAUAUAUUAUAUAUAUAUGAGAAACUAUAACUAGAGGUAGACCGCUCCCUCUCCCACUGCCCCAAUGCCUCAUGCAUAACACACUUUCCCACAUCAUUGCCCUCCCCAGGACAGUUUCUUGAUCCUUGGCCUCCCCAGGCCUAUCCCCUACACUCUCCAGCCAAAAUGGGUUGUCGGAUCUCCUCCUGAAGUACCCUUUCUCUCGCCAUUCACUUUGAACCCCAGCCCAUGCUUUCUGUAUUGUGGAAGGCACCCCAGGACUUCUGUUUUCCUUUGACCCUCAUCUGAUGCCAAGCUUUCCUCCCUCUCUCCUCUGCAUGCCUCUAAGGUGGGCCGGAAAGGGAUGAAAUGGAGGGCAAUUGGGUUGUUCCUUUGUGUGUGCAAAUGCCAGGCAGGUUUGGGGUUUAAGAGGUUUGGUGGGUUCAAUCCUCUAGCAGCACUUUAAAGUUGGUUUUUUUUUUUAACAUACCCUCCAUUCCUGAUUUCACCCCAUUGAUCUAUGGGGUCAGAUAGAGGGCAACUAUAUUUGGGGGAAAUUAUCCCCUGCUUUCCUUCCAGGUGAAAAUAACCUUGAGGAAGAGCCACAACCAAGGCAGCAGUUAGAUAAGAGAAAUCUGAGUCCAACGCAGGAAUGGAAUUUGAGGAAGCUUCUCAGACUUGAUCCUCCCUAGUUCUCUCAAGGAUAAAAGGCAUAGCGCAGGGGUUCUCAACCUUGGCAACUUUAAGACUUGUGGACUUCAAUUCCCAGAAUUCCUCAGCCAGCAAAUCUGGCUGAGGAAUUCUGGAAGUUGAAGUCCACAAGUCUUAAAGUUGCCAAGGUUGAGAACCCCUGGCAUAGCGGAAGGGAGGAGUGAAGGCACAUUCAGAGUUGCAAGACUGAUCUUAGCUCUUUGAGGUAGGCCAGACUUAAAUACCGAAAUCAUGAACACUAAAGCUACUUUUAUUGUAGGGUUACAGUAAUAGAACCUUGCAACUCUGAAUGUGCCUUCAUCCCCCCCUACCCUGCCUUUAUUGUUUAUUAACUAGGGAGAGUAGAGUCUGAGGUGCUUUCCCAAAUUCCAGUUUGGGCCUAUAUUUCUCGUAUCCGACCAUUGCCUUGGCUGCAGCUCUUCUUCCCCUUCCUCAGGGAUAUUCUCACAGCUCAUUACAUCAGGGGAGGAGGGAUACCCAAAUGGGGAAGCCUCAGAAAGAUCCACAGCAUUGGGGUGCCCAUUAUUGUUUUGAAGGGAUGUGUAUUGACCAUCUCUUUAAAAGGCUUUAGCCCAGUUGGGAGGGAAAAGCAAAACGGGUGGGGGACUUGUUCCUAGUGAGCUGUUGCACCAGGGGUCUACAGUUAAGGGAUGGGGAGAUUGUGGGGGAGGCUUCCACUAUCCAUCCAUCCAUCCUUUCCCCAUGCUUUUCCUAAUUUGCAUUCUUCUUUCUCUCUUGUGAUUUCUCUCUCUCUUUCUUUCUCUUUCUCUCUCC